AUGACCAGGGAAUCCAAACCCAUUAUCUCCUGGAGGAGCAUCCCGAGCCUAAACGCCUCUCACUGCGCCCUCACUGCGGCUGCGGAGCUCGAGCCGUUAUGGAAGACCACGCAGCUCAGCUUCACUGGUGGUGGUGGGAGUGGCAUUCGUUGUAAUUUCGCCUGCGUUUCGGUGGUAGAGAGGGUAGAGCGGAGAAAUGAAUUCGCGCCGACCUCGGCUCAGCUGGUGAAGCAUCCGCUGGCCAUACUCGCUUGCGUUCCCAAAGACGCCGCGCUCUUCGCCGCCGGAGCCAUCGCUGGAGCCGCCGCCAAGACAGUCACGGCUCCGCUCGACCGCAUCAAGAUUCUUAUGCAGACUCAUGGGAUUCGAGUUGGGCAACAAAGCGCUAAGAAAGUUAUCAGUUUUCUCGAGGCCAUAACAAUGAUAGGGAAGGAAGAAGGGAUUAAAGGGUACUGGAAAGGCAACCUUCCUCAGGUCAUAAGGAUUAUCCCUUAUAGUGCUGUCCAGCUUUUUGCGUACGAAGCUUAUAAGAAACUUUUUAGGGGGAAAGAUGGUGAGCUCUCUCUUGUUGGAAGACUUGCAGCAGGUGCUUGUGCUGGCAUGACAUCCACUUUUGUGACAUACCCGUUGGAUGUCCUGAGGUUACGCUUAGCAGUUGAACCAGGGUACCGAACUAUGUCUGAGAUUGCCUUAAACAUGCUAAGAGAGGAAGGAGUUGCAUCCUUCUACUAUGGUCUUGGACCUUCUCUUAUUGGAAUAGCUCCAUAUAUUGCUGUGAACUUUUGCAUUUUUGACUUGGUGAAGAAGUCUUUACCAGAGGAAUUUCAAAGGAAAACUGAAGCAUCUCUGUUAACAGGUUUGGUGUCAGCUUCCCUAGCCACACUCACAUGCUAUCCUUUGGAUACUGUGAGAAGACAGAUGCAAAUGAAGGGCACACCUUACAAGACGGUUUUGGAUGCCAUUCCAGGUAUCGUGGCCCGUGAUGGACUUAUAGGAUUGUAUAGGGGAUUUUUGCCUAAUGCUUUGAAAACUCUACCGAACAGCAGCAUUAGGCUUACCACUUACGACAUGGUCAAACGUCUAAUUGCAACCAGUCAGAAAGAGUUUCAGAGAAUUGUGGAGGAAAAUCGCAAUAAACAACAGCAAAAGGUCGUUGGUUAA